AGCCGGUGCCUCUUUCUGGAAGGUUCUUGUUGUAAUUAAACGAGAGUCGAACCGAAUCCGAAUCCAUCCGAGCUUUUGGAGCGCUGAGAGUGUCAGCAGGAGGUCCCGAGGUUCUCCUUCAUCAUCGGGAAUUAAGAAAUUGCUUAAAUUUAGAUCUAAAAUAAACAAUAGAUAAAAGAUGCCCGAAGCUGCGAUUGCCGUGCCGAAGGGUCCGGUCGGGGGCAGAAACAACGGAGGCAAGAACAACGGAGGCACUUAUGUGGACCGGGACAAACCGGCCCAGAUUCGGUAUAGCAACAUCAGCGCGGGGAAAGCCGUGGCAGAUGCAGUCCGGACGAGCCUCGGCCCUAAAGGCAUGGACAAAAUGAUCCAGGACGGGAAAGGAGACGUCACCAUCACUAACGACGGAGCCACCAUCCUGAAUCAGAUGCAGGUUCUGCACCCUGCUGCUAAAAUGCUGGUCGAGCUGGCCAAGGCUCAGGAUAUUGAGGCUGGAGAUGGCACUACAACCGUGGUGGUGAUCGCCGGAUCUCUUCUGGACAGCUGUGCCAAGCUACUGCAGAAAGGCAUCCACCCGACCAUCAUCUCCGAGUCGUUCCAGAAGGCUGUGGAAAAGGGCGUGGAGGUCCUGAACUCCAUCAGCCAGCCUGUGGAGCUGAGCGACCGCGAGACCCUGCUAAACAGCGCCACCACCUCGCUCUGCUCCAAAGUGGUAUCCCAGUACUCCAGCCUGCUUGCCCCAAUGGCCGUGGAUGCAGUCAUGAGGGUCAUCGAUCCGGCCACGUCCACCAGCGUCGACCUCCACAACAUCAACAUUGUCAAGAAGCUCGGGGGGACCAUCGAUGACUGUGAGAUGGUGGAUGGUCUGGUUCUGACCCAGAAGGUAGUGAACAGUGGGCUGUCCCGUGUCGAGAAAGCCAAGAUCGGCCUGAUCCAGUUCUGCCUGUCUCCUCCCAAAACCGAUAUGGAUAACCAAAUCGUGGUGUCGGAUUACGCACAGAUGGACCGUGUACUCCGCGAAGAGAGAGCCUACAUCCUCAACCUGAUUAAGCAGAUUAAGAAAGCCGGCUGCAACGUCCUGCUCAUCCAGAAAUCCAUCCUCAGAGAUGCGCUGAGUGACCUUGCUCUUCAUUUCCUGAACAAGAUGAAGAUCAUGGUGGUGAAGGACAUCGAGAGGGAUGAAAUCGAGUUCAUCUGCAAGACGAUCGGCACCAAGCCCAUCGCUCACAUCGACCAGUUCACAGCGGAGAUGCUGGGCUCGGCUGAGCUCGCUGAGGAGGUCAGCCUGGACGGCUCGGGCAAACUGGUCAAGAUCACUGGUUGUGCUAAUCCAGGUAAGACGGUGAGCAUCGUGGUGCGCGGAUCCAACAAGCUGGUGAUCGAGGAGGCUGAACGCUCAAUCCAUGAUGCUCUCUGCGUCAUCCGCUGCCUCGUCAAAAAAAGGGCUCUAAUCGCGGGUGGCGGUGCUCCGGAGAUCGAGCUGGCUCUGCGUUUGGCUGAGUAUGCCCGCACCCUGGGUGGCAUGGAGGCUUACUGCGUUCGCGCCUACGCAGAUGCCCUGGAGGUCAUUCCCUCCACGCUGGCGGAGAACGCCGGUCUCAACCCCAUCUCCACGGUGACCGAGCUGCGCAACAGACACGCUCAGGGCGAGACCACAGCCGGCAUCAACGUGCGCAAGGGUGGCAUCUCCAACAUUUUGGAAGAACUGGUGGUCCAACCUCUUCUGGUCUCCGUCAGCGCCCUCACCCUCGCCACGGAAACCGUGCGCAGCAUCCUCAAGAUCGACGAUGUCGUGAACGCGCGGUAAAGUGUGUGCCCGCACGUGUACGAGCAGAGCACUGAUGGACUGAAGCAGCGCCGCUGAAGGUUGCGGGGACCUCACAAAAACCACCACUCCAUAACCAACCGCUCACGAGCUGUCUGUAGAUGUUACGUUGCGUAAUUUAAUAAACUUUUUUUUUGUGUC